AUAUGUUCAUCAUUUAAAUUGACAAAUGUCCUUUAACUGUCUACUUUCUCGGCUUAUCAUUGAGUUUUUGACCAGAGGGUAACUUUAUGUCUUUAUCAGCCAGACAAUAUACUACCGCAUUGUUCUGCGUCGUUCAUAUAAACAUGAUUAGUUUGAGAUUUGCACUUUACAUUUUAGUUUGCACAUUUCCUUCAGUGAGCUUCGCCGGUACUGCAGAAAAGAGACUUCUUUUAUCGGUAGUAUAUAACGAGUGGUCUCUUUGGAACUGGUGCUCAGCGCCCUGUGGAAUCACUGGCGUUCGAUACAGAACACGCGGAUGUCAUAGUACUUUAUUCGGACUUGUAAAUUUUAACGCCAAGUGUGAUACUGGGGGUGAAGAGACGGAGAACUGUGUUGGUGCUUGUCCACAUACUACAACUGCAGCGACAUUAUAUCCAGGCACAUGGAGCCAAUGGACUCAAUUCAGCACAUGUGAUAAAACUUGUGGGGGAGGGAUGCACAUAAGACACAGGAGUUGUACUUCGGAUACUUGUGUAGGAGACUCAAUAGAGACUGCCUCGUGUAGUGACCACCAAUGCCCAGGUACAUGGAGCUCAUGGGGGCAAUUUUCUCUCUGUGACAAGACCUGUGGGGGCGGUAUACAGAUCAGACAUAGGACCUGUGUCUCUGGUCCCUGUAUAGGAGACUCUCUAGAGUCAGCCUCUUGUAACGAUCACCCGUGUGCGGCAACCAUGACACAAUUAACAACAACCAAAGCAACAACCAACACGAAGGCAAUGACUCGAUGGGCAACAAUCACCUCGACGAUCAAAGCAACAGCCGCUUGGAAAGAAUUCAUAAUGUCAAGGUCUAUUAAAAAUGUUACUUGAAACAAAU